CAGUCCGUCAGUCUCCUUCAAGCUUUCGGCCGCCAGCGCCGACGCUAGCGCCAGACUCGGCGGAGCAGGCCCGACGUCUCGGCCGCCCCCGCCGCCACCCGGGCGCGCGGCCCGCCCCGCUUGUUCUCUCCCCUCGCCCCACCCUCUCGCUUCCCCCUCGCGGAAACGACAGCUGCUGCGGCAGGGCUGGCGCCGCCUCCCUCCACCUACCACGUCUGCCCCCGCCACUCUCGCCCGGUGCCCCAGCCCGGCCUCGGCGCCUCCCCGCUAAGUCAGCCGGCAGCUCCGCCCGGCUGCCGCCGCCCAGGAUGAACAUCAUGGACUUCAACGUGAAGAAGCUGGCGGCGGACGCGGGCACCUUCCUCAGUCGUGCUGUGCAGUUCACAGAAGAAAAGCUUGGCCAGGCAGAGAAGACAGAAUUGGAUGCUCACUUAGAGAAUCUUCUUAGCAAAGCUGAAUGUACCAAAAUAUGGACAGAAAAAAUAAUGAAACAAACUGAAGUGUUAUUGCAGCCAAAUCCAAAUGCCAGGAUAGAAGAAUUUGUUUAUGAGAAAUUGGAUAGAAAAGCUCCAAGUCGUAUAAACAACCCAGAACUUUUGGGACAAUAUAUGAUUGAUGCAGGGACUGAGUUUGGCCCAGGAACAGCUUAUGGUAAUGCCCUUAUUAAAUGUGGAGAAACACAAAAACGAAUUGGAACAGCAGACAGAGAGCUGAUUCAAACAUCAGCCUUAAAUUUUCUCACUCCUUUAAGAAACUUUAUAGAAGGAGAUUACAAAACAAUUGCUAAAGAAAGGAAACUAUUACAAAAUAAGAGACUGGAUUUGGAUGCUGCGAAAACCAGACUAAAAAAGGCAAAAGCUGCAGAAACUAGAGCCUCACAACUAAACUCAGCUCGCCUUGAAGGAGAUAACAUUAUGGUAAAUUUCUCUUACAUGCUCAACUUCCUGCAUGUAAAAUGGCUGAAGAUUUGGGCAGAGGAAGUGACAAAAUCUGAACAGGAAUUGAGAAUAACCCAAAGUGAAUUUGAUCGUCAAGCAGAGAUUACAAGACUUCUGUUAGAGGGAAUCAGCAGUACGCACGCCCAUCAUCUCCGCUGUCUGAAUGACUUUGUGGAAGCCCAGAUGACUUAUUAUGCACAAUGUUACCAGUACAUGUUAGACCUCCAGAAACAACUAGGAAGUUUUCCAUCCAAUUAUUGUAACAACAAUCAGACUUCUGUGGCACCUGCACCAUCUGCUUCAUCAAAUGUGAUUGGUUCUUCUGCCUUGACUUCAACAAGUGGUCUGGUAAUCACCUCCCCUUCCAACCUCAUUGACCUUAAGGAGUGCAGUGGCAGCAGGAAGGCCAGGGUUCUGUAUGAUUAUGAUGCUGCAAACAGUAGUGAAUUAUCACUUCUGGCAGAUGAGGUGAUCACUGUGUUCAGUGUCGUUGGAAUGGAUUCAGACUGGCUAAUGGGGGAAAGGGGAAAUCAGAAGGGCAGGGUACCAAUUACCUACUUAGAACUGCUCAAUUAAAUAGGUGGACUAUGGAAAGAUUACCCAUCAUGACACCAGUAUUUAUAUACAAUUAACUCUGAAUAAAGCAGGUUUAAGUAUCUUCCAUGUUAAUGUUCUUAGGAGACUGAAAAGAAAUACCAGCCAUCAGAAACCAGCCUUUCUGCCAGUGAAAUUGCAUGGUAAAUAUUUCAUUACAGAAUUUAUGUUAGUGCUUUCAUGCCAAGAAUGUUUUCUUACAAAGUUCCCUUUCUACUGAGUUUCACUAAUAAGCAGCUUCUACUUUUGAGCUCCAACUUAAAGCAGAAGAACUGUUUUCUACUGAAUUUUUUCAUUAAUGGCAAGCUUUUUCUUUUAUGUAAAAUAAAUUUAUUGUGAAUUGAUAUCAGUGACUCAUUUAUUAGGUAUAAUUUAAUAGCCAAAGAAUAAAAUUAAAAUUUGUUUUAAACUGUUGGUUUUAAAAGAGCUCUAGGGCGUAAGCCUCUUUUGUGAAAAAUAUAAUAUUUCUGAAUGUUUCCAUAAACAGAAAUGCAGUUAAUCUACCAUGUUUACCUUGUUUUCCAACAGAAAUGGAGUGAUUUCAAUAUUGUAUCUCAAUGGUUUAUUUUGGAGGUUUGGUGUGGGGGGAGGUGGUUAUUAAACACUACUGAAUGAUUUCUUUUAAAUUUAAGAACAACUAGUCCUUGAAAUCCUUGAAAAGGAUUACCAUAUUUCUCUGGUAUGUAUUUCGUUAAGGUUCUAAAACAUCUGGAACAAGUUCAAUUUGCUAAACAAUGCUUUUAAGAUUGUUUAAUUAGCACAAUUUAAUGCAUAAUCAGAACUGGAUCUGUUAAGAACAUAUUUCAGUAAAGAGAAUGUGUUCUUAUGGAACAACAAAUUCUUAUCAAAAUAUUGAUUAGUGCAACUACACUCAUUAUAGAGGAAAAUUGCAUACAAACAAUACAUUUUUGGUUACUCAAUUUACUAAUAAAAUUUUGAAUAUUUAUUAAUGAACUUAGGUUAUCUUGAUCAGGAUCUCCGGUUGUGAAACACACUUACAGUCAGAAAAUUGCUGUUUGGAGCAUUGCUAUGAAUCAGCAGAUUGUUUCCAUGUUAGGACUUCUGCAUUCAUCCUCAUUCGUUCAUUCAUCAAACAUUUGUUUGAGGGCCAGGCACUAUGUUGAUCAGCUGGGGAUACUACCCUGAACAAGAUGCACAGUCCUUCCCCCUGCAGACCUUAAGUAAGUAAAUAGGCAGUUGCCAUAUAACAGAAUCCAUGUCAUGAUAGAAGGAAUGCAGGGUGUUGUGUUUGAGACCUUUUGAGUCACUUAAUUUGGAUUUGGGGAGUGGGAGAUGGUAUGGAGGGGAAGUGUUCGAGGCAGAGGGAAAAAGAGCCUCGAGCCAAGAGAAUGUGACACGUUCUGACAAUUGAAAGGAGUUCAGUCUGGCUUACUCGUGAAGUGCAAAAAUGUAGUUCAUUUCUUCAGGGAAUGUUAAUGCAUUAAAACACUUUUUGGUACUUUAAAAAAUGAACACAUAACACAAAAAGUAUUUUCAAAUUUAUUUAAGAGCUCCUAAUCAGAACUUUGUCAACAUGUUGAUAAUAAUUUAGCCCACAGUCCAAACUGUAACAGUAGUUGUUACCCUUUUAUUUCUGUGCUGAGACACAUUGCUCUACAAUUUUAUAAUUGUACAAAGACACUUUGAUUCACACUGUGAAUCGCCAUACUCGUAACCCUAACAGGUGUUCAAGCUGGUUAGUUAGCUAUAGCACCAGCCAAGUGAGUGAACUUUUUCUUUCCCCAGAAGGGAAGUCUGUAGCCAGCCGAGAGUACCAUCUUUUAUGUUACAUCAGUCCAGGUUUAGGAUUUAGGAGAUCAUAGAAAAAAUCUAGGUCAACUUAAACAGCAACUGGAAGUGAAGUUUAUGAGAAGUAGAGUAGUCAAGGAGAAAAAGUAUGCAUACUGGAGUGAAACCACCCUGAGUUCAAAUCCAGUCUUCCUCAUAUCCUGUGCUCUUUGAGCUUCAAUAUUAUAUAAACUGUUGCUUCCUUUUUAGUAAAAUAGGGAUAAUAGUUAUGCCACCUUAAGGUUAUUGUGAGGAUUAUAUAGCAAAUGUUAACUUGUGUGGUAAGUCUUUUUUAGGGAAAAGUUUGACACAUAGUAGAAACAUUCUGUAAAUACCAGUUUCCCUUUGUUAGCCCCCAUAGCUUCCUGACCAAUCCAGACUAUAGGCCUUGUUUAUGACUGUGUACCAGAGAUACCUUUUAUAUCCAAGCUCUGUUCUACUUACCUGUAUCCUCUACCCCCUUUAAAUCACACCUAGAUCUAGGUUUAACCUCACCAGAGCAUAAGUUUUAUCAGAACCUUUUGUUUUCCAUCAAAUGAAUGUUGACUAUAGUAAUCCAAUAAUGUUAGUAACCUUCAAUAAUGUUAAGGUCCAAAGGCUUCUAGUGCCUUUGUCUACCACAAAUCCACCAUAAUAUAUGGGCUUGUUCUCAUGUUCAUUGCUUUUUAUGUUAAAGGGGUUUUGUUUGGUGGUUUGGGAGGUUUUUUUGGUUUUGUUUUUUGUGGGUUUUUGGUUUUGGCUUUGACUUAUGAAGUCAUAAGUUUGAUUUUUACUCAGGUAAAAGCCCAUAAAGUUUCUUAGACAUAGAAGAAAAGCUUGGGAAGCCUAAUAAUUUAUGGUGCAAUUUAAAAUUAUUUAAAUAAGCUCUGUGGCCCAGAGCUUAAAGGUAUAGUAACGUGAAAGAUGCACAUACGAAUGAUGUAAUAAACUUGGAAAUAAUUGUAGGCUCUUUUACAGACUCAACAAAAUUACAGGAUUGCCUCUACAUCUGUUCUCAAAGUAAUCUAACCUGAAAGGUCAUGGUGUUAAAUCUUUUUUUAUGGUGCUAAAUCAGAAAAACUGAUACAUUAGAACAUUAGGUCCCAGAAAUGGGAAUGUGCCUCAUUCUGUGUAACAGGAGAAAUAAGAAACCUGAGGCUAGGGUCACCAGUGGGUUCGAGUCCAUCCACACAGUCUACUGUUACCCACUAGGACAAAAGAACAGAAUGUGAAUGGAGGAGCUGAUACGGGAGCACCUUUCUGAGAUACUGUGGGAGAGGUGACAAGUGCAGGACAAGAAGCAACAGCUCCGUUUACCCAGAGGCUCAGCUCACCUCCAUGCUUUGUUGACAGGAUUCCUCAAAAAUCUCUUCCCUGCCUCCCAAAUGCUUAAAAUUUUGAGGUCUGUGUUGCCUAGUAUGUAACACUUGAAGCCUGAGUAAGGAGCCAUAAUAGCUAGCUAGCUUUGCCUCAGCCCCUCCCCCAGAUGAUUAAAUGGCUGUUACCUUGUGCCCUUCCUCCCACAUUAUCCUAAUUAGAAAGUCUGCUCAGUUAGGGCGCAGUGGUUCUCAGUGUGAGACCCUAAGAUGCAAUAUCAGCAUCACCUAGGGACUUGUCUAAAAUGCUAAUUCGUAUUUCCAAGUACUUUCUUUGUACUUAAUUUUUUGUCUUGAAGGGGCUAUAGAACUGGUCUUAGUUCUUUCAUGUAACAUUUUUAAAAAAUAGUUUUAAGACAAAAAUUGUCUUUAUUCUAGCACUAUCAUAAUUUUAAUUAUAUAUAGAGUUACUUUUAUAAUUUAAUAUAUAUCUGUCAAUCUACAAUAUAGGCUCUCUGAGAUAGAGGCUAUAAUUCUUUUGAUCACAAAUUUCCAACAAUACAAGACCUAGCACGUUUUAUGUACUCAAUAAAUACUUGUCAAAUGAAAGGGGGGGAAAGGCAAUUCGUAAGCCUUAUCUGAGAUCCACUGAAUUAAACCCAGGGGGUAAGGCCCCGCAAUCUGUUUUUGUGAGUUUGAGAACCACCUCAGUAGAACAAAAAACUUGCCUUUCACCUUCAGGUACUCUUUGACAUCACUUGAGAAAUUUUCCCUGCCUUCUGUACUGUCACCCAGCACUGUUCUCAAGGGUAGAGGCACCUUGCUGGGCUCUGUUACAAGUGGGUGAGAUAAAGGUAUGCUUAGUGUGUGCAAGGGAAAUCUUGCUUGGAAUGCCAGUUCUUGGUUGCUGUGGAAGGUUUCUUAGGAAUGAAUCCCUUAGUCUGAAGAAGGGUAAGCUCUACGACCACCCACAUUUCCACUUAAACACAGUCACAGUUUGACAUCAAAGCACCCUGACAAGCCAUUAAAGCAGUUUCAGACUAAUGUUUACAUCCCUGUGCCUCAGGUUACUAAGCUCCACUCUCAUUCCUACUUCACAGGAGACUUUUUGAGAAUUGUUAAUGCUUUUUUAAUAAUACAAGUCAUAGAUGUGUUGGUAAAAAGGGGAAAAAAAUGAAAAUUUAGUUUGAAAGAUAAAAAUCACCUAUCAUCCCACCAUCCGGGAGGACUGUUAUUGAGGUAUAUAGCCUUCCAGACUCUUUUGUGCAUUUAUACAUUUUUUUUUAAUUGGAAUCAAGUUGUACGUACUGUUUUGUAACUUUUUUUCACUUGACAAUACCAUAACUAUCCUGCUGUGUUGAAUCUAUUUCUACAUCUUUUUUAAUGGCUGCACAGUAUGCCAUCGUAUGUGCCACAUUUUAUUAAACUAUUGUUGACUUUUAGGCUGUUUCCAAUUUUUCACUAAUAAACUGCUCUAAAGAA